AUGAGCGCAGUGUAUCGCGUGCCGUGGCGGACGUUCAAGAUUGAACCCGCCACGGUAAUCGGCAAAUCCAAAGCCACCGGCUCUCCAUUCUCUCGCCCGUCUUUACAACCGGUUCGCCCUGCAUACAGUGUCUCGCAAUGGACAUUUUCACCUGCCCGUCGCUCGUUCUCCGCCAAGGCGCCUCUGCUGUCGGGUGAGCAGCCUGGGCCCGGGAAAGCCCCGGGAUCGCAGCGGAAAUUGAUCAAGUGGUUGAUUGUGGCCGGUGUGGUUGGUGUGGGUGCUGUCGCAUUUUCAGACCAGGCAGGACAUGCGUAUGGGGCAGCCAAGCGGAGUGGUCGUGUUGUUGGCACCCUGGCUGUCUGCAUCAAUGACUACCGCGUUACCCUCAAGCAAGAAGCCUCCAGCCCCGAAGAACACGAAGCAUUGAUUCGCGCAUGUCACAAACGAUGCGCCGAGCGUACCCUCCGCGUACUCGAGAAGAACGGCUCAAUCUUUAUCAAGUUGGGCCAGCACCUCAGCAGCAUGGGAUACCUACUUCCUCUUGAGUGGACCUCGACUUUCAUUCCGCUACAAGACAAAUGCCCCGUUUCGUCCAUUGAGUCCGUCAACGAGUUAUUCCGCAAAGACACUGGCCAAAGCAUCGGCGAGCUAUUCGACUCCUUCGAGCCGACACCCACUGGCGCUGCUUCUCUGGCCCAGGUGCACAUUGCUACGCUAAAGGAAAAUGGACAGAAAGUCGCUGUCAAGGUUCAACAUCCUGCGCUCGAUGAGUGGGUGCCACUUGAUCUCGCCUUGACCCGGUUUACUUUCUCCAUGCUGAAGCGCUUCUUCCCGGACUACGAUUUGGAAUGGCUUUCUAAGGAAAUGGACUUCUCGCUGCCGCAGGAACUGGACUUCCGCAUGGAAGCGCAGAACGCCACUCACGCGAGCGAAUAUUUCAAGAAGAACUCUGAUUCCCCUCUAGUCAUUCCCGAAGUUAUAUGGUCUCAGAAACGCAUCUUGGUGAUGGAGUACAUCGCCGGCCAACGACCCGACAAUCUUGAAUACCUGGACGCAAACCACAUCGACCGUGACGAAGUCUCCGCAGCUCUAGCGCACAUUUUCAACGAAAUGAUCUUCGGCGAAGACGCUCCUCUCCACUGUGACCCGCAUGGCGGCAACAUCGCCAUCCGACCAAACCACACCCGCUCGCACCCGAACUUCGACAUCGUCCUGUACGAUCACGGCCUCUACCGUAACAUCGACCGGGAUCUCCGCCGCAACUACGCCAAGCUCUGGCUAGCUGUUAUUGACGCCGACGUUCCCCGGAUGCGUGAGUACGCACACAAGGUUGCCGGCGUCACAGACGAACAGUUCCCGCUCUUUGCUAGCGCUAUCACAGGACGCGAUUACAGCGUCCUCACGAAGAAGAGUGUUGUUUCUUCUCGUACAGCAGAGGAAAAGGAUGAUAUCUCUGGUGCAUUGGGUGAAGGCAUGUUGCAACAAUUGGUUGUUUUGCUUGGACAGGUUCCAAGGAUCAUCUUGCUUAUCCUCAAGACCAACGACUUGACACGCAGUCUAGAUGAGAAUCUGCAUACUCGCCAGGGCCCGAUGCGCUCAUUCCUUAUUCUCGCGAGGUACGCUACUCGCACUGUUUUCCAGGAACAGAUGGAGUUGAUCAGAGAGUCUGGUGGGGUGUUUGUCAAUUUCUUCCGCUUCCUCUGUGCCUAUACCAGCUUCCUCCGUGUUGAGGUCAAGCUUUCUGUCUAUGAGACUUUGUUGUCUCUCAAGACUCGCUUUGGCAUCCGCAGUGCCUAG